UACCUCCAUUAAAUGUCGAGAAGAAGAGCGAACGCAGUGCUUUGGGUCUCAUUUUCACAAAAACGACAUUGUUUUUCAAACUAUGCGGUAAGAAUAAGUGAUUGUCAUCACAGAACGUGUAAUAAAAAUAUGUUUGCAGUUGCGCAGAUAUGAAAACUGCCUAAGCUAAACGUUUAUCUCGUUUAUGUUACGAAAGCACGCGCCUUUUCAUGCUAGCUAGCUAGCUAGCUUCUCACAUGUUUUUAUUACGAACCUCACUAUCUGAAUGGACUUCUGCGUGACGUGAACAGGUAACCCGCGCUGCGUUGCCCCGUUCCUGAACGCGAUGGCUGCUCAGAGAGUGCUCCCUCAAAGCAAAGAGUCUCUGCUGCAGAACUACAACAAGAGACUGAAAGAUGACAUCAGGUCCAUUCUGGACAACUUGACGGAGAUUAUCAAAACAGCAAAGAUAGAGGACGAGACGCAGGUUUCCCGAGCAACCCAAGCAGAUCAGGACCAUUAUGAGAUGCACGUGAGAGCAGCCAACAUUGUACGAGCUGGCGAGUCCCUGAUGAAGCUGGUCUCCGAUCUGAAGCAGUUCCUGAUUCUGAACGACUUUCCCUCGGUGAACGACGCCAUCAGCCUCCAGAACCAGCAGCUCCGCUCGCUGCAGGAGGAGUGCGACAAGAAGCUCACCUCGCUCCGUGACGAGAUCGCCAUCGACCUGUAUGAGCUAGAGGAAGAAUAUUACUCCUCCAGGUACAAGUAGGCUCAUACUUGCCCCCAUCCCACCGCCCCUCUCUUGUCCCAUGCCCCACACCAUGUACUGUCUCACAUUCACCAUUCACUGCUGAACCCGAGGAAGGGUUCAGUUCUUCCCGCAUCUAAACCCGACACUUGUUGGCUUGAAUUUAUCUCAUCGUCAUACCCAGACAGUACCAUUCAUCAACACCGAUCAUUGCUGUGGAGAGCAUCUCACUAAGUGACUUUAUUGAUUAGCAAGUGCCUUGAGUUCUUUCUGCUCUGUGACGUUCGUCAUGAUUGGACAAAGUUGAGAGGACUUUAGCAUUAAAGGGGAAUACAACUGAAUAUUAGUCGUGUAAAUGUAUCCAGCUGCUGAACAAUCACAGUUCAACACGUACGUUUGAGAAUUUAAUGCAGUUUACUUAUGCAGUUUGAAAGCCAGAGGGCUUGAAUGGUGACGGGAUGAAUUUCAUCAUUUAGAAAAGAACGUUUGGGCAUUAAUUUACUGCUGGGUUUAUUUCUAAACUGAUCUGACUUUCUGUUGUUCUGCAGCGUUCAAGACGCUUUAGAGAUGUUUUAAAUAAUAUUGUUUGUCAGGCACAUCGCAUGGUUUAGUGGAAUGUACGAAACGAGGCCUUUUCUCAUAGUUCAUUCACCACUAAAAUCAUUUUAAUUGAAGUUACAACCAGAGUUAAUCAAAAUCUUAAGAAAUUAAAGCACUGGGUGUUUUAUUCAUGGUUUAAUUGUUGGAUGUUUGUUAAAAGGAGUUUUGCAAAACAAAGCUUCGUAGGGAAUCUACUUCAGAUGAAUUACAAAUUGAAAGAACUAAAACUUUAUCAGAAUAUUAGUAUAUAUUAUUUUAUAGAUGUAUCAUUAUAUUUAUAUGUAAUAUUCAAAUCAUAAAUGUAAAGGUGAUGAACAGUACGGUACUGUGGAUGAAUGCUUGGUUUAGACUGUAAAAUCCGACACGACUCUUGCAGUUAUUUAUUCGAAGUCAAAUCUGAAAGUUUCUCAAGUAGACUUUUUUUUUUUUUGUAAAAGCAGUUGGGUAAUCAUGUUUUUAAUGAUUCCGUCCUUAAGACCACAAGUGACUCGAGCUGUAACGCUGCAGGCGACAUUGGUUGACACACGUGUGGUUGCACUUGUACACCAGUUUGUCCCAGCUGUUCCAUUAGAACCAGAAUGAUUUAAGAAAUAAAGUAGACAAAACACUGUA